UAAGGCAACAUAAAAAAGAAAAACCAAACCCCAAAAGUGGUACUUAAAUACCGAAAAUACCCCUGACAUGACAUGAAAUCACAGGCCCACAGUGCGCCCGCGGAGAGUACUACACUACUGCUGCUGCUAACGCAAUUUUCCUCAUCAGCUAGGUCAAAGAUUCUCUCCCGCAACACCGUUUCAGAGUUGCUGCUGCGCGCUUCUGUGGCCCGGCCCGUUUCGAUUUCCCGUCGAGGAAAAAAAGAGAAUCUUGAUUUGUAUCGGUUUCGAAGAUCACUGUGUUGUUGUACGGAAUGGCGUCCAAAUUCGGGUUAGCCGGUGGCAUCCCGGAGCGGCGGGUCCGACCCAUUUGGGACGCCGUCGACUCUCGCCAGUUCAAGAACGCUCUCAAGCUCUGCACCGCACUCUUAUCCAAAUACCCGAAUUCUCCUUACGCCCUCGCGCUGAAGGCUUUGACAUUGGAAAGGAUGGGUAGGAAUGAGGAGGCGCUAUCUGUUUGUUUAAAUGCCAAGGAGAUUUUGUGCACUAGUGACCCCAAUGUCUUCGUCGACGAUCUCACCCUCAGCACUUUGCAGAUUGUUUUCCAGCGACUGGAUCACUUGGGGAUGGCCACGAGUUGUUACGAGCACUCUUGUGCAAAAUAUCCCAACAAUUUGGAAUUAAUGAUUGGCCUUUUCAAUUGUUACGUGCGAGAGUACUCAUUUGUGAAGCAGCAACAGAUAGCUAUUAAAAUGUACAAGACUGCUGGUGAAGAAAGGUUCUUGCUCUGGGCAGUUUGCAGCAUCCAGUUGCAGGUUUGUUGUGGCAAUGGGGGGGAUAAGCUUUUCCAGUUGGCAGAAGGUUUGCUCAAGAAACAUAUAACUUCUCACGGUUUGCAUGAGCCAGAAGCGCUUAGUGUUUAUAUAUCUCUAUUGGAGCAACAAGGCAAGUAUGGUGAUGCAUUGGAGAUUCUUUCUGGAAGUUUAGGAUCUCUUAUGUUGAUUGAAGUGGACAAACUACGGCUACAGGGAAGGCUUCUUGCUAGGGCAGGAGACUAUGCUGCUGCAGCUGACAUAUUUCAGAAAGUUUUAGAAUUAUGUCCCGACGACUGGGAAAGUUUACUGCAAUACCUUGGCUGUCUGCUGGAGGAUGAUAGUAUCUUGAUCAAAGAGACUGAUCCCGUCCACACACUAAAAUCUAUUCAGUCCAAGAAUUUGCAUAUAUCAGAUGAACUUUUUGAUUCACGUAUGUCAAGUGCAGUGAGAUUUGUACAGAAAUUAAUGGAGACCAAUAGUAAUUCUGAAAGAUGUCCAUACUUGGCACAUCUUGAAAUUGACAGACGAAAGCUUCUGUUUGGGAAAGGUGAUGCUGACAAAGUGGUUGAGGAUCUCAUUCAAUAUUUUAUCAGGUUUGGUCACUUGUCUUGUUUCACUUCAGACGUCGAAAUGGUUCUUGAAGUUCUUGAUACUAAUAAGAAGAGCGAGUUUUUGAAGAAACUAGUGAAGGAAAAUGAAGCUAGUAGCACGGAUGUGCCAACUAAAGAACUUGGGAAGUCCAUAACUGUAUUCAAAGUCCAGAACUUAAUUGGUGAUGUUUUCGCUCUACCGGUGGCUGGUAUGCAUUCAGUCAUUUCAUUUUAUGACUUGAUCUGGUUCACACUUCUGUUAAUAUUAAUUGUAUGUGCUCACCUUAGUUCACGAAGAAUUAUGUUGUUUCAAUCAAUAAUAUUUUUGACUUUGUGGCAGCUUUUCUGGCGUACAAGGGAUCUUGGCUAUUUGUUGGAGUCGAUUAUGAUUCUGGAAUUUGGUUUGACUAUCCGAAGAUAUGUGUGGCAAUAUAAGAUUUUGUUGGUGCAUCUUUAUACUUACUGGAAUUCCCUUCCAUUAGCUUAUGAACGUUAUAAAUCCUUGGAUGUGAAGAAUAUCUUGCUGGAGACAGUAUCUCACCACAUUUUACCACAAAUGUUAGUAUCUCCUCUGUGGGCAGAUUUAAAUGAUCUAUUGAAGGAUUAUUUAAAAUUUAUGGAUGAUCACUUUCGGGAAUCAGCAGAUCUUACAUUCCUUGCGUAUCGACAUAGGAACUACUCAAAAGUUAUUGAAUUUGUGCAAUUCAAGGAAAGAUUGCAGUGUUCUGGUCAGUAUAUAAUGGCAAAGAUUGAAUCACCCAUUUUACAACUAAAACAGAACUCAAAUAAUAUUACCGAAGAGGAGAGCAUCCUGGAAAAUUUGAGAUGUGGAACUCACUUCAUGGAGCUAUCAAAUGAGAUCAGAAGCAAAUCAUUGACCUUUAAUGAGGACCUGAAAUUGCGACCUUGGUGGACGCCAACUUCUGAUAAAAAUUAUCUCUUGGGACCCUUUGAAGGAGUGUCAUAUUGUCCUAGAGAAAACAUGCAUAAUCAGAUGAAGCAAACAGAAUCAAAUGUUCUGAAAACCGUUGAGAAAAGAUCUCUUCUACCAAGGAUGAUCUAUUUGUCAAUGUAUUCUGCUUCAACCUCGGUGAAGGGAAGUAUUGAAGCCAAUGGGUCGGUAGUUGAUCCGAAAUUCUCAUCGGAGCUAAAAAUGUUACUUGAGCGCUAUGCUAAGUUCCUGGAAUUUCCCUUCCAAGAUGCGAUAGAACUUGUCCUUGGGGUUUCAAGUGGCCAGAAGCCCUUUGAGGUACCAAAUUCGGAUAUCAUUGACUGGAUGAACUUUGCCGUGUUUUUGAAUGCUUGGAAUCUAUCUUCUCACGAGAUUAGUUUUCCCGAUGGAAAAGAUUCUCCCUCUACUACAUGGAAUCUUGUAAAUACUCUGCUGAGAAAGUAUGUCUUCGACAAGAUCGAAUCUGCGGGGCCCAUCAUUUCUUCUCCAGGUGGCGAUCUUCCAUUGCUGGUGCAGCUGGUAACAGAACCCUUAGCUUGGCAUGCCCUAAUCAUCAACUCUUGCAUCCGCUCGUUACACCCUUCUGGGAAGAAGAAGAAGAAAGGUGGGCCCGUGGACCAAUCAAAUUCCCAGCUGUCAAACGAGCUACUAAAUUCAAUACAGUCUCUUUGUGAUACAAUUGAGGUGGUCUCGAAAUGGUUAAAGGAACAGCUUAAAAAACCCAGCGAUGAAAAAUUUGAAUACAUAUUUUCCGCGGUUGAGAAAAACGGGCCGGGCAAAGUGUUCAAGACUUUGGAGACUUGUGUCGAACAGAUGAAGGGCGUCGAACUUGGUGAUAGAAUUCUCGAGUCGCUACAGUCGUGGGCUCCUGCUGAUGUUGUGAGGAAUAUUAGCGCGGGGCAAGACGGUUUGCUAUCCGAGUUUCUCAAAAUUUGUGAACUCAAAAUUAAAUCUUUGCAGGCGCUUAGACUUCAACUGUAGGUCAAGUGAGUUGAAGAGUCGGUUUCAAGUGAGAACUUAAUUAUUUUUUCCUGUUAUGAUGCACAAUUUUGUUAGUUCCGUGUUUUUUUUUUCCUUUUCUUUUCCAUUUAGGUUUAUUUCGAUUCAUCGGAAGAUGCAUGGGAAAUUGGAGUGUUUUGAGAGAGUUUUUUUCCGGUGUACCAUUGAUUUUCUCUAUUUAUAUGUUGUAUAUUAGAAUAAAAAAAUGUUCUUUGAUUAACAAUUCUGAAAUGUGUUUUGCAUAUUUUUCACCUAAAAGUUUAUAGCUUCCA